AGAACAGUUUCUCCCGAAGAAAGAAGAAAUGGUUCCCAUACUGGAAAACUGCUUGUCACACUCUUGCCUUGAAGAGGGUCUUGCAGAACAAAUUGCUGUCGAUGAAAGCGAUUUAGCCGAUCAGAUUAACCCUGGUCCGGUCGACUCUGCUUUCAUCAAGGACUGCGUGGCGCAGGUUCUGGUGGCCAGCAACAAACGCUUCAUCAAAACUACGCAUUGCUACCUUAAACAAGCUGGCAAGGAGAAAGAAGCUGAAGAGUACCUCGAAAAGGUGAGCCCUGCAUCCCGGGUCGAGCACUUUGAGUCCAUCAAGAUGUGGAAUUACCUUACUCUGCCAUUCCAGGUGCUCAAGGUAAUGGAGGACAUGGGAUUAGGCACAAAUCCUUCGAGUUUCUUCAUGCCUCCAGCACCACAUGAGGUUUUUCCCACUCCGGCACAGGGCUGGAGGCCCAGCCAGGCUAUGGCCGACGGAUGAGGCUGGCAUUGUGCCUGAGACGGAGGACAGCCCUUCAACAGCCGUGGAGCCUAACCCUGUUGGAUUAGUUCUUCACGUUGGUG